AUGACCAUGGCCGCGAUGUCUACCACGAUGGGGCAGCAGUACCGCUUCAACACCUUCAGUCCCAUGUCGUCUUUCAAUUCCUUCAACAGCCAGCACAUGAACUGGGCCCCGGAACCCAUGACCUGUUCGAAGGUGACGGACAAACUGACCAGUUCAAACCACCAAGUCACCGAUGUAAAACACCCGUCACCAUACCGCCUCUCACACCAUUGCCCAGUCCCUGACGGCAACACAACACCGCCCACUUCACCAUACAUCAGAUCUGAUCCCCCCACCCCACACAUCCCUCCCCCUUCACAGCACCCCACGCAGCCCUCCCCAAUGUUACAAAAGGACGCUACAUCAAAGGAUAAAGUACCGCAGGACUCUCGCGUCCGCCCUAAGCAGGUGUGGCCAAGUCCUGUCCGCUCUGGCCGCUCCUGCCCCUCCCUACAAGUGUUUAUCCGCACAGGUGUACCCGCUUGCCGUCGGCCCAUCGGCAUGUGCUCUGCCGACCCCCGCUCGCGCAGCCCUCAUCCCGCGCCCCCGUCGGCCCAUCGGCCGUGUCGGCGGCAAGCCCUUUCCCCCGAACAUUCUCUUUCUCAGAAAUGUGACAUCGCGUUAUCAAAGUACUCCUAA